AGACAUAUGUCACCAAGUUCUUGAUCUGUACUCACCAAACCGGUCUGAAUCAGGAUCAAGUUCUGGAGACACAUCUCUUGUGAUGCCAGGAUCAACCCCACGACGGCCUACAACUCCAACACAGACAAGCAGCACAGCACCGCCUCCUGCCAAGAAAGCUAAGAAAGAGGAAGUGAAAUCUUCUCCAGUCAAGACUGAGAGCACCACAACACCAUCACAGCCUUAUCAAUACCCAUAUCAGUAUACCAAUUAUCCUCCAUCUUAUCCUUCCCAGAGCUCAUCCCAAGGGACGUCUACUGCAACUACCCAACGCUACCCUUAUACAUACCCUCCAUCUACUACUCAGGGACCACCGCCACAGGCUCCUCCUCCCCAAGCUCCCCCUCCAACAUACCAACCACCUCAGAGACACUACCCACCUCCUGCUGCAGCCACAUCUCAGGCUCCUCCUCCACACUAUGCCUCGCAGCCUCCACCAUCUCACUACUCCACAACAACUCAUCCUGCCAGUACAUAUCAUCCUCCACCCACCACACCACACUACCCAACACCCCCAACUAACCAGCCUCCUCCACAAAGCCACUAUCCUCCUCCUCCCCACAGCUCUACCUCUUCUUCAUAUUAUGCACCACCACCAGCCUCUGCAAACCCACCCAGCUACCCAGGAGCAGGACCAUCCUCAACAUAUCCACCUCCAAGUUCCUAUUCUCACUCCAGUUCUAGACCUUACUGAGCAUAUUUCCUCAUAAUCCAUUGCUUUUUGUCUUACUUCAGUGUACUUUAUUCAAUCAAGAAGCAUCACCUUGCAGUGCAUGUGAUUUGUUCAUUGUUUAAUUGAAGAUAUACCAUGCACUCAUUUUAAACUGCUUUACUCCUUGAUGUUAUAUAUACACUGUGUUUAUAUAUAUA